AUGCUUAGUGAAACUAGCAAUGAUCUGAAAGUUGAUCACAACUACUUGGCAAGUUCUUAUCAUACCGGGAUCAUCUCUGGGUUUAUGUUGAUUUCUUCAUAUUUGGAAAGUGUGGCGUCAACUGGAGGCUUGGUUAAAGCAAUUGUAAUUGGUCUUGGAGCAGGAUUACUUCCUAUGUUUCUCCAUAAAUGCCUUCAUUUUUUUGACAUUGAGGUGGUGGAGUUAGAUCAUGCUGUUCUGGAUAUGGCUAGGGAAUAUUUUGGUUUCAGAGAGGAUAAACGUCUGAAGCUUAGAGUUAGUUGUAAAGGUGGGGCUAGUAAGAUGCUGAUGCCAGUUUUCAAUCCCAUCAAGAGUGGGAUGGGAUAA